AAUAGCUUCCAAGUGCUAUAUUCCUUCACACGUGUGUCCUCUCACCUCCGCAGGGCCGCUGCCAACGGUGUCAAAGAGAACCCAUGUGAUCAUCCCUCUGGUGGAGGAGGUGAAGGACGAUCGUUGGGAGGCUGCCGUUGUGAGACAGGAUGACAAGAAGAUAAUGCUGUCGGUGAAUUCUCCCCCGACGGCCGUCAUCGGCCGAUAUCAACUCACCGUGGAAACGACUUGUGCAAACGGCCAGGCUGUCUCCACACAUGACCCGGCUAAUGACAUCUACAUGUUGUUCAACCCCUGGUGUGAAGAUGACACAGUGUUCCUGGAUUCUGAAGACGAGAGGCAGGAAUACGUCCUGAAUGACAUCGGACGGAUCUACUACGGCACGUCCAAUCAAAUUGGAGUGCGGACGUGGAGCCACGGACAGUUUGAUGUCGGGAUUCUUGCUGCCUGUGUCUUUGUCCUGGAGAAGAGUGGAACUCCUCGGUCUGGGUGGGGAGACCCCAUUAAUGUGGUGCGAGUCAUCUCAGCCAUGAUCAACUCCCCUGGUGACAGUGGAGUCGUGGAGGGGAACUGGUCAGGAGACUAUUCAGGUGGAAACAGCCCAACCGUCUGGAGUGGAAGUGUGGAAAUCCUGAAAGAAUACAUUAAAAACAACGGCAGCCCCGUGAAGUACGGCCAGUGCUGGGUCUUUGCUGGUGUAUUCACGACAGUUUUACGGUGUUUAGGAGUUCCCUGUCGAACUGUGACCAACUUCAGCUCAGCUCACGACACGGACGUGUCCUUGACAACGGACGUAUACCUGGACGAGAACCUGGACCCUAUAGACCACCUCAACGCAGACUCCAUCUGGAACUUCCACGUGUGGAACGACUGCUGGAUGGCUCGUCCAGACUUGCCUCCAGGCUACGGAGGCUGGCAAGCUGUCGACGCCACUCCUCAGGAGACCAGCCAGGGAAGCUACUGCUGCGGCCCUGCUUCUCUCGCCGCCGUCCGCAGCGGUCAGGUCUUCCUCAAACACGACUGUCCGUUUGUGUUCGCCGAGGUGAACAGCGAUAAAAUCUACUGGCAGAGGAACUUAGAUGGGACCUUCAGUCAGAUCUACAGUGAGAAGAAAUUGAUGGGCCGCUUCAUCAGCACGAAGGCUGUUGGCACCGAUGAACGCAAUGAUAUCACAGACCUUUACAAAUACACUGAAGGGUCUGUGAAGGAACGCAUUGCAGUGGAGACAGCGUGUAGCUAUGGCUCCAAAGCAGAGGCCUACUCCUCUCCCACGGCGGAGGAUGUGUCCGUGGAAGUGACCAUGGACGGCGAAGGGCCGAAAAUGGGGAGAGACGCAGAGCUGACUAUCACGUUGCGCAACGACAGCUCAGAGCAACGUAUGUUCAUCCUCCACGGCCAGGUGGAUGUCAUAUACUACACCGGCGUCCACAAGGCCACCGUCAGGAAGGACAAGACGGAACUGGACCUGCGGCCCAACGAAGUACGUUUUUUGAAAUGGAGCCUGGAGUACAAAGACUACAAGGACCAGCUGGUCGACCAAGCGGCCCUGAUGCUGACGCUGUCAGGCCGGGUCAAAGAAACGCAGCAGGUCCUCGCCACUCAGUUCACUUUCCGCCUCAGGACCCCAGACCUCAUCAUGAAGCCAAUCGGGAAGGCAGUGGUAGGAGAAAAAAUGGCGGUCGAGAUUUCUUUUACUAACCCACUAGCACAGGUGCUGAAAGCGGUGAUAUUCCACGUGGAAGGACUGGGCCUCCUAACUGCUAAAAAGAUUCAUUAUGGAGAUAUUGGCAGUCAUGCAUCCGUGUCUCUGACUGAGCACCUCGUCCCCUCCCUGCCUGGACCGAGGAAAUUACUGGCCUCAUUGGACUGCAAGCAGCUCACGCAGGUUCACGGGGUGACCGACAUCACGGUGGAGGAAUAAAGCAACGGCGCUCUGUAGCAAUUCAUUCGUAUGGAAAGUUGGUGCUUAAAUAAUGACCACAGAGAGAGAGACGGGUAAUCAUGAAGCACUGAAGAGAAAAGUUGGACAGAAGCUUUUAUAUGCUCUGAAAACCAGUAUUGGCUCCAACUCAUCACAUUUACUUUUGCAAAUUGUGUAUUGAGAUCGUUUUUUUAAGGCCGUUUAUUUCAAUAUCAAAAUACUGCUGCAAAUGCUCUUGUAUUAUUCAAACAAAGAGAAUUUAAAAUGUA